GUCUCUCCUCUGUAUUAUCCAGACAGAGCUUGUGUUUGAUCAUCCGAAACCCCAAGCAUGGAACCCGCUAGCGAACUUCCCCAGGUCGACAACCCAGCCAACACUCAGCCAACACCAACAACCUCAAAAAUAAUCGCAACAACAUACCACUCCGUAAUCGAACCCACAAUAUACAACAGCCUCCCAGCAGUCCUCAAAAAGUUCACCUUCCCCGAAAACCCAAGAACCCUGCACCGCUGGCGCAAAGAAGUGGAAGCUCUCAACCUCGCCAGAGGUCACCCAAACAUAUCCCAAAUCCUCCACUCCUCCCCCUCCCCACCAACAAUAACUCUCCGCCACGAACCAGGCCUCAGCCUAGAAAAAUACAUCAACCCGCAAACAUCCCACUGCACCCUUCUCCCCUCAGAAGCCCGCGCAAUCUGGUCACAAAUCGCAUCAGCCCUAUCCCACCUCCACCAAAAUUGCAAUAUAAUCCACGACGACGUCAAAGCAGACAACAUAAUCUUCUUCUUCUCUCCCUCUCCCCAUGCUUCAUCUCAUCAAGGUACCCACCAACCACCCCACGCAGUCCUAAUCGACUUUGGCGCUGCCCUCACCUCCCCAUCCACUCUCCCCCAAAACGGCUGGACACCCUCCGGAACACCCCCCUACGCACCCCCCGAGUUCCUCCACCGCCAUAAAUCCUACGUCUCCGAUAUCUGGGGACUAGGCGUCACCCUCCUCUUCUGUUUUGGUUAUGUCCCUCUUCCCACAGGCUCCUGGAUCCUCCCGCACGUAUUUGAAGAUGAAGCUGUCAAACGAGAAAUGGAGGUGUGGUUAGAUGAGAUUGAAGAGUUGCGGACGUCGUUGAGUAGUAGCGGGGAUGAAGGGAAGGUGUUUCUGGGUAGGAUGUUGGAGAGGGAUCCGGGGACGAGGAUCGGGAGUGUUGAACUUGCGGGGCUUUUGAACCCAAUUUAGAACAGAAGAUGGUCUGGGUAAGGUAUAUGAGGGUGGAGAGAUAGCAGAGAGUAUCAACAUCUAACAUUCAGGCCCAGAGCCAGGUCAAAAUAAUGUAUAGAUCCAUCAUCCUUCACAACAACAUCAAAAUGAACACUUUCGCCAUACACCACACAAGCCCGAGUCACCGCACAGCAAGCACCACCUCCCACCUAC